AAAGGAGGCCACUUUACAAAUUCAUGUUUGAAUGGAAGAAAGUGUAAAAGGCAACCCAAUAUGAGGGAGAUUAAUAAUGGCUCAACGCAUGAAAAACACCAAUGUAGGUCCAUCCAACCAACUGGGACUCAUCAAUUCAUGUGACGAAUUUUCAAAUUAGAAAAGUAUUUAAAGAAUAUUGAACUAGCAUUAGAAAAGUAUUAAACUCGGUUGUUUCUCUCCUUAUGAUGCGCCUUACACCCAUGUCCAACCUUAUGGCAAAACCAAGCUUCCUCCCUCCAUUUAUGUUUGGGCUGCUAUUCGCAAUCUUUGGGGUUAUUUUGUCUGCAAAAUAUUCUAGCAUCACCGUUGAUCAAUCUGCUCUUCUAGCACUCAAAUCUCAUAUAACUCAUGAUCCUCACAUUUUCUUGACAACCAAUUGGUCUACUUCUACCUCCGUUUGUAGCUGGAUUGGUGUCACAUGUGGAUCUAAACACUAUAGAGUCACUGCUCUGAAUUUGUCAAGCAUGGAUCUCACAGGCACCAUUUCUUCUCAAUUGGGAAAUCUAUCUUUCCUUGCUUGGCUCGAUAUUCAUCAAAAUAGUUUCCAAGGCUCUUUACCCAUUGAGUUAACUAAUUUGCGUCGGAUGAAAUAUUUGGAGUUUGGUAACAAUAGCUUCAAUGGAGAAAUCCCAUCAUGGUUUGGUUGCUUCACUGAACUCCAAGGCUUAUAUUUAUACCUUAACAACUUCAUUGGUGUUAUCCCAUCUACUCUAGGCAAUUUGUCAAAACUAGAAAUGUUGGGCUUGGGUUGGAAUCAAAUUUCCGGUAGAAUUCCAAAUAGUUUAUUCAAGUGCAAAGAGCUGAAGUUUUUAUCAUUGUUUAACAACUCCUUGGAGGGAAGUAUACCUACAGAAAUUGGAAAUUUGACUUUGCUCGAGACUUUGUCUCUUAGUGACAACUAUUUCAAAGGUAACAAUAGCUUCAAUGGAGAAAUCCCACCAUGGUUUGGUUGCUUCAGUAAACUUCGAAGAUUGUCUCUGUACCUUAACAACUUCAUUGGUGUUAUCCCAUCUACUCUAGGCAAUUUGUCAAAACUAGAAAGGUUGAGCUUGGGUUGGAAUCAAAUUUCCGGUAGAAUUCCAAAUAGUUUAUUCAAGUGCAAAGAGCUGAAGUUUUUAUCAUUGUUUAACAACUCCUUGGAGGGAAGUAUACCUACAGAAAUUGGAAAUUUGACUUUGCUCGAGACUUUGUCUCUUGGUGACAACCACCUCAAAGGUGAAAUUCCUCUUGUUAUUGGAAACUUGACUUCUCUCCAAAAACUUUCUCUUUACAAUAAUAAAUUUAUAGGUGAAAUUCCUCUUGUUAUUGGAAACUUGACUUCUCUCCAAACACUUUAUCUUUACAAUAAUAAAUUUACAGGUGAAAUUCCUCUUGUUAUUGGAAACUUGACUUCUCUCCAAUCACUUGGUCUUGACAAUAAUAAAUUUACAGGUGAAAUUCCUUUUGUUAUUGGAAACUUGACUUCUCUCCAAUUCCUUGAUCUUGGCAAUAACAAAUUGACAGGUGAAAUUCCUCUUGUUAUUGGAAACUUGACUUCUCUCCAAACACUUUCUCUUUACAAUAAUACAUUUACAGGUGAAAUUCCUCUUGUUAUUGGGAACUUGACAUCUCUCCAAUCACUUUAUCUUAGCUAUAACAAAUUGACAGGUAAAAUUCCUCUUGUUAUUGGAAACAUGACUUCUCUCCAAAUACUUUCUCUUUUCAAUAAUAAAUUGACAGGUGAAAUCCCAUCAACUAUUGAAAACUUGACCACUCUCCAAAUUAUUGGACUUUCUAAUAACAACUUAUCAGGUCGAAUUCCAACACCACCACCUUUAUUGCAAUCGUAUGAAGCUUCAAAUAAUAGCUUAAUUGGAGAAAUCCCUUCUUCAAUAUGCAGUCUCACUUCCCUUAUGGUUAUGCUUUUAGAUGAGAAUAAUUUGGAGGGAGCAAUUCCAAAGUGCAUCGGAAACUUGAGUUCUUCUCUCAUAGCAGUUAAUUUAGGGAAUAAUAAUUUUCAUGGUCAAAUACCAGAAAAUUUUGCUAAAGGUUGCAUGUUGAGAAGUUUACGCAUCGACAACAAUGAAUUAGAAGGGUCACUACCACGAUCUUUGGGUAAUUGCAAAGGGUUAAAUCUUCUCAAUGUUGGAAACAACAAUUUGAAUGACACUUUCCCAAGUUGGUUAGGAAAUUUGGAUCAGCUGCAAGUUCUUAUCUUGAGGUCGAAUAGAUUUUACGGACAAAUAGAGAGCUUUGAUAUUACAGUUCCUUUCACUAAAUUGCGAAUCAUUGAUCUUUCUCACAAUAAUUUUAGUGGCUACUUACCUACCCCUUUUUUUGAGCAUAUGCAUGCCAUUAGAGAUGAGUAUGGAAAGAAAGUUGAACCAAAUUACAUGAGAGAAGUAAAGAUGAAGAAAUUUAUUAUAUUUGAGAUGAAUUAUGCUGAUGGUUUAUCUAUUACAGCAAAAGGGCUGGAAAUAAAGUUUGAAUCACUAUUAUCCAUUUGGACGGUUAUUGACCUUUCUAGUAACCAAUUCAGGGGAGAAAUUCCAAAAAUACUUGGUGAGCUUCAUUUACUUAUUGUCCUAAAUCUCUCCCAUAACUGUUUAAUGGGUCCUAUCCCAUCAUCUUUAGGUAAUUUGUCAGAGCUUGAAUCAUUAGAUCUCUCAUCAAAUAAGCUGGAAGGAAGAAUUCCAACAGAGUUGAAAAAUCUUGGAUUCUUAGAGGUGUUAAACCUUUCUCAAAAUAAUCUAAAGGGACCCAUUCCUCAAGGCAAACAAUUUGAUACUUUCACUAACGAUUCCUACAUGGGAAAUUUGGAUUUAUGUGGCUUGCCAUUAUCAAAAAACUGUGGUACUGAUGAGGAAACCCCAGCCAUAUUUGAUAGAGAUGAUGAUGGUGAUGAAUUGAAUUGGAAAUUUUCAAUAUUGAUGGGGUAUGGAUGUGCGUUGGUGCUGGGAAUGAGCAUGGCAUACAUUGUAUUCACGACUGGAAAACCAGGGUGGUUGAUUUGGAUCGUGGAGCGAGUCCAACAUAGAUUUGCAAAAAGGUAGAGAAGCCAACACUUGGGCGAGUUCAACAAGUUGCAAACAGAACAGAAAACUUCAUUGCUUGGUGGUAUGCAGGCCUUUUUCAGUAGCUGUUUAAUAAACAUUUUGUGUGGGUGCUUUGUAUUAUGUUUUCUUAGGUCCUCUCUCAUGGCAAUGUUCCCUGAUGUGUUUAUGAGAGGUGCACUGGUUUGUAAAGACCGUCUUUAUGGGAACCUAUCUUUUUAAUAAAAUUGAAAUAAGGAAUAGAUGGUUAAUUUAUUCCAAAGAGUUUGUGAAGAA